UCUCUAUCUUCUGAAGCCAAUCUGUAGGAAUUCCCAUUCAACUCCGUUCCCUCCAUUGUUUAGAAAUUUUCGCACGAUGAGCGAGGAUUCUUUAGAGAAAAAUGAAGUAAUGGAGUAUAUUCGCGAGGAAUUAAGGGGCACUAUUUCGGAGGAGAGGAAACGUCAUCGGAGAAGUGUGCUGAAUAAACAGCGGACCACCUUGGAGGAUCCUCUCACCGACUUGAUCACCGAAGACUUCGUCCGAUCGAAAGCUAACCUCUUAAAGAAAAAGCCGCUACGGAUGAAGGAAUAUCAACGUUUACAGAAUGCUUUCGUACAGGAUUUGGAUAAUAUUAACACAUUUAUGAAAGUUGAUAAUGCAGUCGCUGGUUUGGCUAGAUGCCUGUCAGGAUCUAAUGCUGCGUUGCAGUUGGCUGCAGCUAAUUGUUGCUGUAAUUUAGCACUUGGGAACAGCAAAACCUGCAAAGCGCUGUGUAAAUCAGUGGGUCCUUACGUCGUUGCGAUGCUAGAGGGUUUAAGCAAUCCUCACGUGGAAGUAUGCGCAUGGACUAUAGGGAAUCUUGUGGGUGGAAGCUAUAAAGCUUUUGAAAUUCUCCAUGCGCAAGACUGCCUCGGACGUUUAAUGUCUCUGCUCCAAGAAUGCGAUAAGAGCAUUUUAUCGACAGUAAUAUAUGCAACAAUGCACUACGUGCGAACAGGCUAUCACCAAAUCGAGGAUGCUGAUAUGAUAGAUCUUACUAAAGCGGUGGUUAAAUUAUUGUUCAACUGCCAAGAGAGCAAUUUAAUUUGGCUCCUUGCUUUACUUUCAUCCAGACCAGCUUGUUUCGCUUAUUUAACAAGUGCUGUACCAAUGAUUUUAGAGUAUCUGUACAAUUCUGCAAAUUCUGGUUUAACCGAUGUUGUGCAGGUCACGGCAGCAACAAGAUUUCUGGCUAAUCUCGUUUGUGAGGAAACCGGAAGCGUUGUAGAAGCAUUGUUGAACGACCCAGACCGAAUCAAUGAAAAUUUGCGUGACCUAAUUGACAAGUUGAUGUUGCAUGCACACGCGCACUUAAGAAAGGAAGCACUAUGGCUAAUAGGGAAUAUUUAUAACCAUUCAUCGAGAGAUUAUCGCCAGUCGUUGAGGGACAAUCUUCUUUAUCUUCCGUCGAUUCGGCUAGCCGCGGCAUCUGUAGUAAAGUCGAACUUGUUAUAAGACCCACUCCAAAUGUACAGAAACAUUCCUAAGUUACCUGACAACGGACAAUACAAUUUCCACGGUUUUGAAA